AUUACAUAAAUACCCUCACAAAAUAUCCACCUCGUCACGACUCGCGUCUCCGCCGAAGCUGUGCCCUAAAUUGACGAAAAGAAGAAAUCGCCACAUCAAAAACCUCCUUCCCAACAAUCCCGCAUCAAAAACCAUGGACAUCCUUAAGCAGGAGCCUCUGAAAGAGCGGCAGAUGCACUCGCGCUUCCGCAAGGUUGCCAAAUCCCUCCACCGCCAGAAGCAAUUCCAUCUCGAUCAGCAUCAGAACGACCCUGCCUCGUCCUCGUUCAACCCUUGCUCCAAGCCGAAAAUCCCCAAAUCAAAGCCCAAACCCUCCUCCAAAUCCCUCGCCGAGGAGCAGAAAGGCGCGCUGGAUUAUUUAUCAGUAGGCAUGGAUCAGGAUCAGGACCCGCAAUGGAUGAUCAAUUGCUUGAAUGUAUCACUCGAUCCCAGCAAACCAGAAUUUACCUAUUUUUUCUUACAUCAUUUACUAUUCCUAUGCGUUACAAUAACAUAUAGUCCAGUCGAGUUCCUUUUUAGCUUAGCCAUUGUCAGAUUAACACACAUUCACCUAGCAGCAGUUUUGCUAGAGCAAUUUAUCAGAGAACACUGGAAUGAGGAUGAGGAAGGCUUUGAGCAUCCUGUUGUUGAGAGCAAUGAGAAGGCAGCUGUGAAAGGACUACUUUUAGCAUUGCUUGAUGAUCCUCAUAAGGAGAUCCGUAUUGCAGUAAGUGCAGCUGUAUCGGCGAUUGCGCUUUAUGAUUGGCCAGAAGAUUGGCCUGAAUUAGUGCCUUCUCUUUUAACUUUAAUUUUCCUACAGAGUAAUCUGAAUGUUGUCCAUGGAGCUUUACUAUGCUUGUCUCUUCUUUCCUCGGACAUGGAUGACAAGAUGGUGCCCCGACUUGUCGCAGAUUUAUUCCCAUACUUGCACUUUUUGUUUCCUCAGAUCUAUGACACAAGUCUGAGGUCUAAAGCUCUUUCACUAAUUUAUAAUUGUACUUCAAUCAGUUGGGCUAUGAGUGGUGCGUACGAGGAGAUGGAAACAACCACCGAAAUGCUCAAACCUUGGAUGGAAAUAUUCUCGUCAAUCUUGUUUGAGCCGGUGCCAUCUGAAGAUCCUGAUGAUUGGAGCAUAAGGAAGGAGGUGAUAAAGUGUUUGAAUCAGUUCAUUCAGAACUUCCCCACCGUUACAAAAACUUAUUUCGCAGUAAUUCAGUGGCCAUUUUGGGAAACAUUUGGGUCAACGUUGGAAGUUUAUGAGCGCUCAGCAAUUGAAGGCAAUGAAAAUUCCUAUAAUGAUGGGUAUGAUUCUGAUGGUGCUGAGCAAAGUCUCGAGUCCUUUGUUAUCGAGUUAUUUAAAUUUUUAUUGACUGCUACUGGAAGCCCGAGGUUUGUGAAGGUUGUUAUGAACGAUGUAUAUGAGUUAGUCUACUACACUAUUGGUUUCCUUCAAAUGACGGAAAGACAGGUUCAUUCCUGGUCAAACGAUGCUAACAAGUAUGUUGCUGAUGAGGAUAACAGUAGUUACUGUCGUGUACACGUUGCACUUCUGCUGCAAGAUGUAGUAUCUAAAUGUGGGGCCGAAGGCAUAAAAGCAGUGAUCGAAUGUGUAGAAAUGCGAAGAAACGAGUCCCAACAGGCGAAAGAUACUGGCUCUCCUGGUUGGUGGAGAUUAAGGGAGGCUGCCCUGUAUGCUUUGGCUGCUUUGGCUUCUGUGCCUGAACAGUUGUUGCUUGAUGAAGUAGAGGUUUCUGGUUCCACUGUUGGAGCUAUGCUGUGGGAAAUUUUAAGUGAUGACAUGGCAGAAGGCUUCCAUGACUACCCCUUUCUUUGUGCCCGCUUAUUUUCGACUGUUGCAAGAUUUUCUUCCAUGAUGAACAACCAAGUAACAGAUGACUUCAUAUGUGCUGCUAUUAAGACAGUUGGAAUGGAUGUACCUCCACUAGUUAAAUUUGGUGCUUGUCGAGCUUUAUCUAAGCUUUUACCAGAUGCCACCACCGGAAUCGUUCAAAAUUCUACGGUGGACUUAUUCUCGUCACUUAUAGAUCUUCAAAAAAAUGCCUCUGAUGAAAGUAUGCAUUUAGUACUUGAAACUCUGCAAGCAGCUCUGGCAGCUGGGGUUGGUGCAAUUAAACUUCAAGUUUGAUGUUCAGAUUGUUGAACAUGUGGCCACAUAUUGAGUUUAUGGUUGCAAUAGGUUUUUUAUUGUUAUUUUUAUUUUUAUUUUUUUGUGACUUGACAAUAAUUUCUAUAAUAUAAUUAUCACAUAAAACGCAUUAAGAUUUGGUAUAUCUGAUUUAAAAUCCCCCUAAAAUGGGCCUAAUAGACCAAGGCAAACAAUAUUUUGCAAUAAUCCAUAUUCAAGUGUUGGUUCCCAAUGGCAUAUACUUUCAUUUGAUC